CUCACCCUCCCCUCCUCCCUCCUUGUUCCGCUCCGUGUUGUGGUUUAAAACGACAACAGGAGGGAGAGUCCGCAAGUUUGGGUAGACGGGCUGAGGAGUGAAGGCGCCUCCCUCCUCGGGACCCACUCUCCUCCCUCCUCCCCUUCCCGGGGUGCAGGGGUUUGGGCGCUCCAGGGAUUAGCAGGGAGGGCGGAAACCACCUCGCCCUCCAACCGCAGCCGAGAGUUUCUGGGGACCCGGAGACACGCAAAGACUCAGAAGCCCUGGCCAAGCCGCGGAAGCCUCGGAAACCUGCGAGUUUCAGCUAAGAAAAAGCGCACCGAUAUUCCUUCAAGCUCACCUGCUUUGGCUCAGCCUCUUAGCGCCCCACCCCCCUGGAUUCCAUUUUAGCUUUCUUUCUUUCUUUUUCUUUUUUUAAAUCACCAUUAAUAUUUUUAAUCAUUCCUCUAUACAUUUUCUUUCUUUCUUUCUUUCUGAAGAGAGACAUAGGCGGGGAACGGGAGGGAGGUGUAGUGGGGUGGGAACGAAGCUUUGAUUAGAGAUCUCCGGGGAGAAGAUUGCUCUCCCCAGAUGCUGAUUUCCAAAGCACUUGACAAUCACCGGCAGAACCCGCGAGCGGGCGGCGGCGGCGGCGGCACCGGCCGGGGGGCAGCUCGAGCCCGGCGCUGAGUCCCGCCGAGUCUGCCCUGGACGGACGCCCGCGCCGGCCUCCGGCCGGGACCUGCCCUCCAUCCCGUGCCCUGGAAGUCGGUGGGCGCGACCUCCCGCCCGGGAGGCGGGAGAGGCUUGAAGGCGGCGCGAGCGGCGGUGGCGGCCCCCGACUGGGCUUCGGCGGCGCGGGGUGAGCGGCGGCGCCCACAGACCCGGCCCCACUCCCGGCUCGGACGCGGCCGGGAGGCGGCCGACGCGACCUCGGCUCCGGGGGCUCGCCCCGCCGCGUCCCGGGGGCGUCUGCGCGCCCGGCCCCGCGCUCCGCCCAGAGGGCGAUGGGUCCUAGUCGGGACUGAGCGCCCCGACCCCUCUCCGCACCCCCUCUGGCCUCCUCCGCACUCUUCCUCGAGGGCGAGCCGCCGUCUGCGCCGCCCCUUCCCUCUCCCGUGUCCCCGGCUCCCCUGCCCUCCGUCCCCUCCCUCCCGGGACCCAUUCCCCGGGCCACCAUGGCCGCGGCCAUCGCCAGCGGCUUGAUCCGCCAGAAGCGGCAGGCGCGGGAGCAGCAGUGGGACCGGCCGUCUGCCAGCAGGAGGCGGAGCAGCCCCAGCAAGAACCGCGGGCUCUGCAACGGCAACCUGGUGGAUAUCUUCUCCAAAGUGCGCAUCUUCGGCCUCAAGAAGCGCAGGUUGCGGCGCCAAGAUCCCCAGCUCAAGGGUAUAGUGACCAGGUUAUAUUGCAGGCAAGGCUACUACUUGCAAAUGCACCCCGAUGGAGCUCUCGAUGGAACGAAGGAUGACAGCACUAAUUCUACACUGUUCAACCUCAUACCAGUGGGACUGCGCGUUGUUGCCAUCCAGGGAGUGAAGACAGGGUUGUAUAUAGCCAUGAAUGGAGAAGGUUACCUCUACCCAUCAGAACUUUUUACGCCUGAAUGCAAGUUUAAAGAAUCUGUUUUUGAAAACUAUUAUGUAAUUUACUCAUCUAUGCUGUACAGACAACAGGAAUCUGGUAGAGCCUGGUUUUUGGGAUUGAAUAAAGAAGGGCAAGUCAUGAAAGGAAACAGAGUAAAGAAAACCAAACCAGCAGCUCAUUUUCUACCCAAGCCAUUGGAAGUGGCCAUGUACCGAGAACCAUCUUUGCAUGACGUCGGCGAAACGGUCCCGAAGGCCGGGGUGACGCCCAGUAAAAGCACAAGCGCGUCGGCAAUAAUGAAUGGCGGCAAACCAGUCAACAAAAGUAAGACGACAUAGCCAGAUCCUCACAGGUGUUGUGACUGACCCGCCCUGAGCACGGUGGAGCGGUUUAUCCUUUGCCAGACAUUCCCGCGCCCGUGGCCGAGCAGCGGCGGCCGCGAGGAAGCCGAGGCCCGCUCUCGGCCGUCCCGAACUUCUUGGUUGCAAGCGGAUAAACCUCCCCCUGCGGCGCCCCCAGAACAAGAAGACACCUGGAUAACCAGCUAAACUCAGACCAUGGAAUGCCCUACCAGAUAUGGAAUGCCUUUUUAAUCUCUUUUCUGUGACUGUGACGGUUCAUGAGAAUGACAUACUUCACAAGUACACUCGACACCUUGCCUGCUGACAGCUACCCAUAAUCCUUUUUGAGUCCUGUUCCAGCGACAUCCAUGUGUUUCAGUUCGAUUUUGUAGCACACGAAUACUACUGAGUAAUUUCUAGUUAGACGCUGUAAACCCGUGCUAUUAUGGAUUUCUCUGCUCCCCGUUUUUCUAGGGCUGCUCGCUCUACUGUCCGUGACCUUUCGCAGGGACUGUAUUCCUCUAAACCUUCAGUGUGCACUUGGCCUAGUUUGGAGAGCGAUCAGGGAAUCGGGAAGCCUUCUAAACCUGUCUUUACAAAUCGCACCUAUAAAGAUUAAGAGCGUUGUCUCCGGCUCCCACUAUCGAUUAAACACACUUAGAUGCUCUAUCCAGUAGCGGAUACUGGGCUCCUGAGGUCGGCGCUGCCGGGGUGAGAAAUGGGUCAAACACAGUCCGGGGGGAAGCUCUCUACGAUACGUGUUUGACAUCCCCCCAUAGUUUCUUUGUGUGUGUGUGUGUUUUAUACAUAUCACAAGCUUACUGGUAAUGGUAACAUUUGCCUUGCCCAGCGAGCAAGACCCACUGGUUUUUGAGAAAGUGGGUCCAAAGAACUCUGUAGGCCUUGUAGGCCUGAUUAAGGUUCAUUUUUCAUCUACUGAUCCUCAUUAUUUGGGAAAAAAGGAAAAAAAAAAGAAAAUUCAAUAAUUACAACCUACAAGAAUUGCGCUACCUAAAUCCAUUUCCCGUAUAAUCCUACCUAUUUUUAAUGAACCGAACUGAAUGCCAUCCCCGGUUUUGGCUGCGUUCCACUCAUACUCAGCAGAGCAUGGGCAAGGCGGCUGUUGUGUUCUUUUCUGCAGCAGCAAUGCAAACGUUAGUUAUAAAUUAGACUUUAAUAUUUUUGGUGUUUAAUGACAAGUUUUUAAACUGGACAUAUUAGGAAAAACUAUUUUUUUUAGCUCAGCAUGCUGAGCCCCGGUACCGUGUAUCUCACCACUCCAUUCCUGUCACUCAGCUUCUCGGGGCCCCGGUUGCCCAGUGGCUGGGGUGAGGUGCCUUGCCGUGAGCUCAGAAUGCAGUCUGUUGAAUUCUUCUGGAUAAAAAUUCAAGGCAAACCAACACGUUCAAACAUCAGGUUUUGGGUCCACUCCAUUGAUUUGCUUUUGUUUUCUUUUGCUUUCUUGAUUUCCUUAUGCCUAAGUCCAAGCUUAGGGAAGACAACUGCUAAGAAAGACCACGAGUCGUUGAUGGCACAGGGAAGAAACCAUGCAAAACGUCCGCUAUGGGAUGUAAAGCGUUUCGAAAUGUGGAAUACGAAACUGUUUGGAAAUAUAUUUGUUAACUCUGUGUAUACUUAAUAAAAUUCAAUGUUUCGUACUCAGAAGAGUUAACUGAGACCAAACUGAACCUCAUUUAUAGAAAACGAUACGCGGGAUCAUGUAUUGGCCUCUUACGAUUAUUUCCACGUGGAAGGCUGACCCGGUCGCCAUGCCCCUCCUCCCCCGCCCCUUCUCCUUCCCUCAUCUGCACUGUAUUUCCUGGGAAAUUAUUUUGCCACUGCAUUCCUAAGUCUCCAUGACAGCCCUUGCCCGGCAUUUAAAAAUUUUGGCCUGCUUAGCUGAUUAAAGAUUUAGUAUAAAAUUAACUGUUUAUGCUUACUUCAUUUUCAUAUUGGAUUUCAUUUUAAUAAAUAAAAAGUUAGCAUACGUUUCAGUAGAUUUAUUGUCAAUAAUGCUAAAGUACGAAUACAACAAAAUGAUUCCUUCAACCAUUUUUUAUUUCUUGUGACACCGUUUUAAAGCUUAUCAUUCUCAACAGGAUGAGUUAAAAUCCAUAAGAUGAAUUUCACAAGCCAGUUAUUAGGGAAGACAAGUAUUCUAUAAUCUGUGGCAAACCGAAUUAUUUAAUUUGACAUUCCAAUUAGAUGGGCUUCUAGACACUGCUUGCCCCAACGCGCGCGCGCACACACGCACACACACACGCACACACACCAAACAACCCCACCUAUUUUUUUCUGGUAAUCAGCCCUAUAUGCUGUUCCCCCCAUCCCCCACCCCCGCAAGCCUGUUUAUUGGUUAAAAUUAAGACAAGAUUUAUUUUUGUAAAUGACUGAGAUUUAUGUCAAUGUGCACCUCUGUUUUGUUUUUUAUAUGAGUUGUCUCCAAGGGCAUUUAUCCCUAUGAAUGGAUGUCAAAUACUUUCUUCUAAUACAUGUUUAGACAUAUUGCUGAUGGGUCCUUGUUAUUUGUAAAUUAGAUGGUUUCCUUUGUGUCUGGUCUCACCUGUUGCAUGGGACGAGGACAGCAUUGAUGAAAUGCAUGUUGUAGGACCUGUGUAUCAAGAACUGUUGGUAUGUACUAUUCAAUUUACAUGCAAAGAGUCUGUCUGCAUUGUAUAGUUUCUGUGUUUAAUACCAUUUGUUGUAUUCACAAAUACAACAUACUGAAUAAAAUAUUGAUAUGAAGGCAUAUUACAAAACAUCAAACAACUUUAUGUAACAAAAUGGCAUUGCUUCACCCACAAAUAUAGAGAAAUGUCAUGUAAAUAAGUUGGUACACUCAAUGUCCCCCUUUACCAUGCCAAAGAAAAUUUUAGCUCUUUGAUGAUACCUCUCUUGCUAUUUUUCUGGGAUAAGACGCCACCAUUUUUCCCCUCAAAAAUUAAGUUUGCUGUUAUUAAGCAAGUGCAAUCUGUCAUCAUUGAUGUUCUGUAUAGUAAAUCUGAUGGAAUUCAUUUG